GGGGCGGGUGCUCCUCCUCGGGCACGCGCGCACGCGCGCCCUCCGUCUAUUUUUUGCUAUUGUUUUCCUUCUCACGCCCCAAAAUAGGUCAAGGGGUGCAAGUUACACCGGGUACAGCCCCUGGCGCGGAUGCAAACCCCGAGCCAAAAAGCAGCUUUUCUUUUGCUUUUCUUUUCCUCCGGGGAUCCUGGGCAGCGUUGCAACUCUGCACGUUUGGGUCGAGCUUCCCGCCCCCCGCUGCGUGCAGGCAGCGCCGGUGACCGCGGUGGCUGACCGUGCUCUGCCGAGGGGAGCCCUGAGGAGCCUCCCGCGCCUCUAGGCGGGCAGGUCGUCCGGUUGAUUGGGAAGAAUUUCCUGUAGUAGUCAAAGCUGAUGAGAAAAAAUAGCAUCAACAAACCAAAAAAAAAAAAAGAAAGAAAGAAACACCUAGUUUAAGAAGGAAUACCCAAGGGCCUGUGCUCCUUUCAGUGACUCAUGCCAAGUGGUUCAUCGUGUGAAGGAGCUUGCUGUUUGAUUUCUCUUCUACUACCUUUCAUUUACAUUUCAUACAGGAAGAUGUCAAAAACAACAGUUACUCUUGGAUUGUGAGUGGCAACAGGCGUGAUUCACAAAGAAUAGAAGUGAUUUGCCUGUAAUCACAAGAUGACUCAGGAUGGAUCAUGAAGCUGCCCAGCUGGAGCGGCAGCACGUGCAUGCUGUGUAUGAGAGCACCGCUCCUUACUUCAGUGACCUGCCGAGCAAAGCCUGGCCUCGCGUCCGCCAAUUCCUCCAGGAGCAGAAGCCUGGCAGCCUUGUAGCUGACAUAGGUUGUGGGACUGGAAAGUAUCUUAAAGUGAACAGCCAGGUCCACAGUCUGGGCUGUGACUACUGUGGGCCAUUGGUAGAGAUUGCUCGGAGUAGAGGAUGUGAAGUCAUGGUAUGUGACAACCUUAAUCUCCCCUUUAGGGAUCAGGGCUUCGAUGCCAUCAUCUCCAUAGGAGUCAUACAUCAUUUUUCUACCAAACAAAGGCGAAUCCGAGCAAUCAAAGAAAUGGCCCGCGUCUUAGUUCCUGGAGGCCGGCUGAUGAUCUACGUGUGGGCCAUGGAGCAAAAGAACCGGCACUUCGAGAAGCAGGACGUGCUGGUGCCGUGGGACAGGGCCUUGUGCUCGCAGCUCCUCCUGGAGCCCGGUCGGUCAGUGAGAGAGCAGCGGGCACAGCCGGAGAGGAGGCAGCCGUGCCCUCGGCCCUGCGCUCACCGGACCCGAGCCACCGGCCUUCAGGAGCGUCCGGAUUCCAAACGGUGCCACAGCGUGGAUGGUGGGCCUGUCGCGGCCACGAACUGUUGUACGACCCUCUCGAAGGCAGGCGAGGGAGAGAAUGGAUUCUACAACACACUGGGGAGGUCUUUUCGCUCCUGGUUUUCCUCCCGCUCUUUCGAUGAGUCCACGCUGAGGAAGCAGUCUGUGGACAGAGCCAGAGGCUGCGCCGUGUGCACGCAGCCCUGCCGGCAGGCCAGCCUAGACCUGGCGCACCCGGAGCCGCUAGAGCCGACCCUGGACGAGGAUGUGUUUGUGGAAGCGGCCGGGAAACCCUUGGAGUGGCUGAGCGCCCCGGCCGCAGCGCAGCCACUCAGUGCAGAUGGGCAGGCAGACCUCAGGAGAAACGGCGACGGGCGUUUUCUGGAGGACAGCGGCCUGCACGGGGCCCGUGCAAAGGCAGGUGAUGCUGAAGGGGACCCUCCCACCAGCCAGAGACUGCCAAGGGUCUCCGCGGCCCCCUCCACGGGCUCCAACCCAGGGGACCCCAUCGGGGAGCAGCAGCGGCCCGAGAGCGGGGAGGCCGCGGCCUUCAUGCGCUACUACCACGUGUUCUGCGAGGGCGAGCUCUGUGAGCUGCUCACCCAGCACGUGUCAGAGCUCCGCAUUCUCAGCUCGGGAAACGACCACGGCAACUGGUGUCUGGUCGCCGAGAAAAUUGCCAAACGGCACUGUGAGUGACAGGGUCGCUUUAGACAUUCAGGGUGCAGCCGGCCGCACAGACCGAACUCGGGACAUUCCAAUGUGCCAAGAAAACUCUUGAGCUGAUCUGUGAGCAGCCGCAGACACUCAAAACACACGUGUCCUUUGUAUAACAUUCUGGAUGGUCCUGAAAAGAGGGAAAUGUUUUCACAUCAUGUCGGCAGAACUAAAUAAAAAAGAAAAAAUUGGAGGGCUGGAGCAAUAUUACAGCGGAUAGGGCAUUUGCCUUGCACGCUGUUGACCCGGGUUCGAUUCCCGAUUCCCAGCAUCCCGUAUGGUCCCCUGUGCACUAGCAGAAGUAAUUCCUGAGUGCAAAGCCAGGAGUAACCCCUUUGCAUCGCCAGGUGUGACCCAAUUAGAAAAAAAAAUAAGAAUACUUAUAAUAGCAAUAUUUUGCUUUCCAUCGGCUGAGCACAAGAAUUCUAUGCAUCCAGAUAUUGUUUUGUAAUCAUCUCUCUGGGGUCAACAGGUGAAAGUCAUCUUGAAGAACUAUUGUAAAAAUUUCUCAGUCGUGUAAAAAUCUGGCUCAUCUUUAGAACUAUGAUGAGGAACAAGUCAUAAGUGAGCUGAAACAGACACAGGCAAUUUGUCAGUGCGUAGUGUGCCUUAACUUGAUCAAUUAUGGAUUUUACUGAGCUAUCUAGUUUGAAAACAGACUCCGUAUUAAUACUGGAGCCAGCACACUCUCCUGCUCCUUCUCCUGGAGACAGGUAUUAUUGUAGUCUGAAGCAGAGGAGCCGUUGGGAAAUUGCUGGAAAGCCCUCUCAGUACCCCUGUUGAUAGGUGGAUGCCUCACGAGCUCAUGCAAAGAAUUCCGGGCUCACAGUCAAGUGGUUUCAGGCAAUGUGCUUUAGCGGGGACAAAGGGAACAAUCAAAUAGUGUUAUGGUGACCGCUAUGCAAGUGACCUCCUUGCAUUGUCUUGUAAAGUUUUUCUAUAGUAAUGAAAUGAGAACACACAUUAUAGUGACUACCACAUCAUCUAACAGAUAUCUUGGACUAUCACAGAGAUGUCCUCCUUUCUUACCACGCAUUCUUUUACACAAUAGUAUGUGAUGCUUGUCUCUAGUUCGCUUUUCUCUGCCCUUUCCAAUUCUAGUUGACAAGAAGUCCUCUAUAAUUUAACUGGCCACCAAUCAAUUGCAUCCCUUUUUUUUGAAAUAUGCUAUUUCAAAAAAUAUUCUCCAUGAGAAAUUACAUCUUGGCAAGGAUGUAUCACAUCUCCUGGAUCUAAACUUGAAUUUCAAAUGCCGCUAUUUUAAUCCUGCUAUGAAGAAAAAUGCAUAAUACCAAGUUUCAGUCCAUUAAUGCAGAAGGUCAGUGAGAUAAGUGUUAUCACAAACCCAUGCAACAGAUGGGAAAACCAUGGGAGAUCAAGGGAAUUGCAGGAGCUUAGGCAGACCCCCAAAACAGAAUGUUCAGCUCCAACUCAUCCCAACCUUAACUCAUCAUGGUAAUUAUCAAUUUGAUAUCAGAAAUUAACAAUUCCAUAUUUGGUAUCUUGGUUGUUACCAAAACGAGCUGGAGAGAAAGUACAGGAAUUGAAGUGUAAGCCUUGCAUAUGUUGACCACUUUUUUAUCCCUUGUACCACAUAUGGUCCCCCAGCACUGAUAGGAAUGACCCCUGAGCACUGUUUGGUGUAGCUCUAACUGUAACCCACACACACACAACAGCCACCCCCCAAAAAAAACCUACAAAACUGGAGCAAGAAUAUAUGAGAAGGACUAACCUAGGAUUAGAUGUAGUGCAAAUAGAAAAUUAAUUAAUGCAAUGCAAAUAGAAAACUGGUAUGCCAGGAAUCCAGAAACUUGAGUUCAUCAAAGUGGAAAGUGCUAACUGUGAACUGCCCUAUUUUGGAUUCGCCACAGUUCCCGCAGUAUGUGAUGUACUCAGGGGAGCAUGAAUCAUUGCAGACAGAACAUACAUCCUGUCCUCUCUACAUGCAGCUUUUCUCCAAAGGAGUCAGAAAAUUGACUGUCUCUGGUAGGAUUAUAACUCUUAUAUAAUCAAGAUAACCAAUCUUUUCUCUAUCACCUGGGAGAGGUUAUUAACAAACUGGCAAAUAAAUAUAUUUUUAAUCUUUCUUAGCAAAGAAACCUACUUGGCAAACACAUACUUUUUUUUAAUUGAUUCUUCAGUUAGAGCUGAGAAAAAUAAAGUUCACCCUCAAUCCAACUAUUAAUUAAUUCACAUGAAUUUUCUCUGUAUGGAACAUUUCUUGUUCUCUGGACAUUGGCUGUACAAAGAAAAGAUGGCAGCUAAAUGCAGCGUUCAACUCAGUAGCCAGUGUGGACUUCUGACAAGGUUGCAUCUAUAUUUAUGCUCAUCUGUGGGGAAUUCAGUUGAAUGACGGGAGUUCCUCUAAUGAACAGAUACUUCCAUUAGACUCUCUCUCUCUUUCUCCCCUCCAUAUCUCUGUAUUCAGGAGCUAGCCUUUUGUUCGGGGGCUAUUUCUGGCUCUGUGCUCAGGGGUAACCUCUGGCAGUACUCAGAGGACCAUAUAUGGGGCCUCAUCAAAUUGGGAUUACCCACAUACAAGACUACCUUAAACUUCAGUAUCUUUUGGCCUCUCAAUUUUCUACAUAUGUUUGGGGGUAGGGAGACUGCAUUAUAAAAGUCUGUCUUCCCAUGACUGAUUUAUACUGGAUACUGGUUAAUGUUCAUUCAUGUGAACCCCAGUGGAAUUUCUAACACUUUGAAUAUGUAGGUGAAUUCAACUUUUCUGUAGACAAUCUCUAAGAUAUGUAUUAUGUAAACAUAUACACACAUAUGUAUAUAUACAUAGACAUAUAUAUAUAUUAUUUGAUGUCUAGUGUCUGCUGUCAUCAUUGACCAGGAGAAAGCAGUUCCACUUCUGCGCUUAUGAAAACAUUCAGUUAACAGUUACCAGAAAAACAUAUUUAAUGGAACAGAUCUUACUGUUUUCGAGAAAUUUCAAAGAAUCGUUAAAUGUAGUUGUGUCCCUUCUGCUGUUAACAUAUAUAUUUGUAUAUAUGCAAAAACUUUUUUCUACAAUACUGUCACUGUCACUGUCAUCCUGUUACUCAUCGAUUUGCUCGAGUGGGCACCAGUAACGUCUCCAUCCUGAGACUUGUUGUUACUAUUUUUUAGCAUACCGAAUAUGCCACGAGUAGCUUGCCAGCCUCUGCUGUGGGGGCGAGAUACUCGCGGUAGCUUGCCGGGCUCUCUGAGAAGGGCGGAGGAAUUGAACCUGCAAGGCAAAUGUCCUACCCGCUGUGUUAUCACUCCAGCCCAAUAAUACACAAUGACUUUAGCUUUCCUUUGAGCAGCUAGAAAUAGUUGCAAAAGCACAAACUGAAGUAAAGUAUUGUGACUGCUGUAAUAUUUGAAAAUUGUGUUUGCAUUAAGUAACAAGGGUGUUUAAGAUUUUUAUAAUAAAUAUUACAAGAGUAUUUUUAUGCUAAAUAUAUUCAACAUUUUUUCUUAAUAGGAUAUUUGGUUUUAUGUGUCUAUAGUUACAAAACACUUUAUUUUUUAAUUAUUAUUGCCAUUUUGAUAUGAAGAAUGAGCUUAAUAUGCUUUAUUAGUUUUUAUACUUUUUAAACCUUUCAAUGGAGCAAUUAGGAGUUAUGCUUCACGUUCAGUACUUGAUUUUCAUUUCUUGUCAUAGUUGAAAAAUGCUCCUUGAAUAUUUCCAAGUGUAGAGGAAGUGUAUUACGGACUCUGCUGUGUAUUCAACUUUUUAAGUUAAAUAUUAACACUUUUUUUGUUCAUUUGGUUUUUUGAGUGGGAGCCACUUCUGGCAGUGUUUAGAGCUCAUUCCUGGCUCCGCACUCAAGGAUCACUCCUGGCAGUGCUCCAGGGACCUUGUGGAGUGCUGGGGAUUGAACCAGGGCCAGCCAUGUUCAAGGCAAGCACCCCACCAGCUGUACUAUGGCUCUUGACCCUCAAGAUAUUUUUGUCUUAUUUUGUUUUUGGCUUUUUGGGUCACACCUGGAGAUGCUCAGGGGUUACUCCUGGCUUUGCACUCAGGAAUUACUCCUGGCGGUGCUCGGGGGACCAUAUGGGAUGCUGGGAAUUGAACCCGGGUUGGCUGCGUGCAAGGCAAGCACCCUACCUGCUGUGCUUGCCCCAAGCCCCAACAUAUUUUUAAAAUGUUAGCAGAUGAACAAAACUUUGCCUGACCAGACACUGCUCUUACUCAGCCAUGCAGCCAGCCAACUCUCCUCCUGCUUCUGAACAGGAAAUGGUAGUGGCAUUCUGCUAUCUGGCUACAGGAAACCAACUUGCCACUGGCCAUUAGCCAUCCUUAAUGGGCUAGUAAAGGGAUCUUUAAAGAUAAGUCAGAUGCUCUGAAAGUGGGGGAUGUGGAAACAUGGUACCAAGAUUGGAAGGGCAUGGACCGAGGAACACCAGUCUGUUGUUCCCCUGCAGGACUGUUUUCUGAGCAGGUCGGCAAUCCCUGAAGGGGUGGGAGCAGUUGGAAGGAGCAGGGUAGUGGCUCUGCCAGCAGCUGGUGUCCUGUCUCCAUGCCUCCACCUUAUCUCCUCCCAGCUGCUCCCUGUGGAGGAAGAAGCUCCAUCAUCUCUAAGAACGUUGAUUUGUGCCUUGCAGUGGCUACUCAGACAACAAAAAUGAAAGGAUUGAUAACAGUGAAAAGUGCUCUGCUAAUCUCUAGGCAAGAAUAGAUCAAACCUCUGCCAUGUCCUUUGCUCUCUUUGGCAGAAUUUCUGUAUAAAAAUGUCUCUAGGGCUAGAAAGAGAAUACAGGUGGUAAGGUGCUCACCUUGCAUGCCCCUGGUUGAACCCAUGGCAUUGCACAUGGACCAGGAGUAAGCCCUGAGCUCAGCCAGGUAUAACCCGCCCCUCUCCAAAAAAAUCUCUGUAGCCAGAGAGAUAGUACAUGAGGGGUUAAGGCACUUGCCAAUCCUGCCCAGUUCAAAUCCAUGGCACUACAUAAGGUCCCCUGAGUACAUUGGAUGUGGCCCAAACCUUCAUCCUGCAAAAACAACAAGACCAAAAACAAAACAGUAGCUGAAGGGACAGGUAGCAUAGCAGGUACAAACCAUAAUGCCCAAAAGAAAAGAGAUAGAGAAAAAAAAAAGUCCCUGUCACAGAGGCAGACUUGGGGCAGGGGAUGGAAAGAGGGAAACUGUGGACAUUAGUGGUGGAAAAUAAAAUACACACUGGUGGAAGGAUGGGUGUUGGAUCAUCGUAUGACUUAAACCCAGUCAUGAACAGCUUUGUGAUGUGUAUCUCGUGGUGAUUUAAUUUUUUUUUAAAAAGUACAGCAGGUAGGGUGCUUGCCUUGAAUGUGGCUGGCCCUGGUUCAAUCUCCCAGCACCACACAUGUAUGAUCCCUGAGCCCCACAGGAGUAAGCCCUGAGCACCACCAACAGUGUGGCAAAAAUAAAAGAUAACAACACAAAACAAACAAAAACUCCUGUUAUUGUCUUUCUUUUCUGAAUGGGGCCGGCCUCCCAGGCAGAGCUGCUGGAGUCUUGGGAAGGCUCUUCAAGCCAUCAUCUGGGGCAAGGAGAGCUCUCCCACCCCAUCGUCCCCCAGACUCAGCUCGUUCUUACUUUCAGAACGACUACACCUUCCAGGGCUGGGCACGCCCUGCAUUCUCGAAGAAUCUAAGCAUAGAUUCUGCUUCGAGGCUCCCUUCUGCAGCAGUCCGCAGCAGCUUUUGUAUAUUCCAGUUGACCACGUUGGCCAUUCUGCAGGAAAAGUGGACCCUCCAGACACUGAGUUUGGGCUCUGCUGUCACCAUUCCCAGCAGAGGGACUGGGGGGGCUUGCCAGGCCAUGAAGCAGGCAUGCAUUGCCCACUCCCACUGAAUGCACCUUCCUGUAUGUUGUGGGGGCCCCUGCCUGCAUCGGGGUCUUUGUCACAGAACCUCCCUGGCUUAGGCCUCCAGUUCAAAGGAAUCUCUGCUUUGUCAUGGUGCUACAGUGUUGGAUAGCAUUGGUUUGUCCUUUCUCCCCGCACAGGGAACUUAGGGUUAUGGAGUUACACCCACUACAGUGCUCCCAAGGCACACCCAAUUUCAUCAGACACUCCCGAUCUUCUGUGUUUAUCUUUAACCUCUUCUCUGUGCUCUGCUUCCCCUAUCUGUUAAUCACCUAUAUCCCCAAAUCAUACCCUGUGACUGUAAAGUCAAAUUCUUCUGAGGAUUUUGAAUUUUGUGUAUGUAAGUGAAAUAUUGCUUUUCUCUUUCCCUUAUGUCCAUCACAUAGUUAGAGCAAUGUCCUCUUUGUGUAGACACAGGAAGAGAGUUAAUGCUAUGGUUUUGUAAUUUUUUUGGAGUAAAACAUUUUAUUUUGAGGGCUCUUGAAGGCACGGAGGGAUAGGGAGAGAGAGAGAGAGAGAGAGAGAGAGAGAGAGAGAGAGAGAGAGAGAGAGAGAGAGAGAGAGAAAGAGAGAAACUCAAGGGAGAAUGCGGGCUCCUCCAAGGGCAGAGAGAGCCCCUACAUACAUCCCAGCAUUAGACAAGGAAGCAUGAAAGCACACAUCUCAAGAGGGGAGAUGCAGGCGACACGUGUGCUCAGCCAUGUGGGCACAAACAGCACAUGGGCUUGGGCAGAUAUGUGCUGCUUUUGUAAUUUGGAAGUUAAUUGACACCGAAUAAUAUUUACUCCUGGGCAUUCAUCAUAUUUACUUGAAUUAAGCCUCAGUUGCUUUUAGUUCCUAACACCCCCAAACUCAGGUCCCUUCGAGGGACAAGGGUGGACCCAGGGCAAGCUAUCCUGGCAUUAUAAAGGGACAGGCUAAGCGCCGUAAGAAGCAUAAAAAGUUAAGAGAGUUAAGAGCACAGUCAUGGAACAAACUGUCAUGACCCAAAAAGAAAUAGCUGAAUAAGGACUGUGCUGGGGUUAGGAAAGACCAACCUGACCUGAGGACUAGUCUGGGAUACAUAGCGAGAUGUCCCUAGGAAGAGCCACCCUUUAAGCUUAAUAUAUCUCUUACUGUGUCUAUACAAAAUGACCAGAAAUACUAUUAAGAAGUAAAUUUAAGAUUACUGUUUAAACCGAUACUGGCUAAGGAAAGGGGGAAGCAAUACACCCUGAGAUAGAAUUCUGCCUUUGGGCAGAUCUAGCAGGAUGAGAUGUUGAAUAUCUCCUAGAAGAACUUCCCCUGAAGGAAGGGUGUUGCAUUUCCAUUGUACUUACACUUACCAUACCUGUGUGUAAGUGCUACCCCCAACCCUUCACAAUUUCUCUAUAAUGCUGUGAGACUUGAAUAAACUUGAAUAAAUGGCCACUGAUUACCAGUCAGCCUGGUGGCCCCCGUUCCCUCCUUAGUUCGCCCAUCACUGUCGGCCUGCUGGGGUGAUGGUGACUAGCCCCAGACACAUCAAGGGGACCUUCGGAUCACUGUGGAUGGGUUGGUGACCACCCACCACCCAGGAACAGCAACACUCCAGCACCCAGUGCAGGGAACAUUGGCAUCAUGGCUCACCACGGCCGCCUGCAGCCAUCACAUACUAUGUCUCCUGCAUGUCAGCCCUGUUGUGACCUCCAGGAGUUCACACAGCCCCCUGCUUUAUUUUUCAGGCAGGUAGUUAGGGCCACACACAGCUGUACUCAGGGAAUACUUUUGGCUCUGUGCUCUGAGGUUACUUCUGGCGGGGCUCCAGGGACCAUCUGCAGUGCAGGGCAUGGAACAGCGGUCAGCUGCAUGCAAAGCCAGUGCCUUAGCUUUAUACUAACUCUGGCCCAUGCUGACCAUCAUAAAGGACCUAUGAUAAAUGGGCCGUAGUCACCUGGCCCUAGCCUAGCUCCUCUGAGAGGAUGGGAGAGGCACUAGGACUGGUCAGUCCCCACCUCCACUUCACUCCCGCCCCGCAGCCUCUCUCAGAUCCACAGGCCCAGCCCCUCCCUCAUCUACAAUUUCCAGGUGGGAAGAGGAAGUUCAUUCAUUUCAUUCAUUGGUGAUACCAGAUUUACUGAUUUCCAAUUGGUUUACAAUCCUACAGAACUUCUGGGGUAUAGCUUUACACCUCUACAUAUGUAGCCUUACACCUCUAUAAAAAUCUCAUCAACACACUCCCGUUGAGAUUUUUAUUUGACUAAUGAUGAAAAUUAAUAAUGUGUCCUUGAAGUUUAGGUAAAAGUGAAAAUUAUCAAUGAUGCCUUUCAUUUAUUGAGUUUUUUUUCUGGUGAAGAGAGUUUGGGCCAAAACUGGCAGUGUCAUUCCCUACCCUGUGCUGAGGAGUUGCUCUUGGCAGUGCUCAGGAGACUGUAUAUGGUACCAGAUCCAAACCAGGGUCAGCCAGAAGCAAAGUAAUCACCUUCCUCAUACUUGUUCUCCAGGCCCAGUGCUUCAUACUGACCAGUAUGUACUAGCAUUCUUUUCCCUCUGGGAAUAAAAAGGCCACUAUUUGGGGGCUAAAUAGUUGAUUCAAAGGAUGUGGGUUACUGUUAAACUGUUAUUGGGCUAAGUAUAAAUUGAAAGUUAUGAGUGCGGGCAACCUGGUGGAAAAGGCUUUGUUCCCAUUGUUACUCCUGAAAACUCAGCCACUCAGCACUGCUUGCUGCAGAGAAGUGCAGGACCCUCACAUGAACCCAUUCCUGCCUUUCAGAGUCCUCAUUCAUGGAGAGGCUGUACUGGAGGGGUGGAACAGGCCCAGUAGCUGGAUACAAUUGGGGUAGUGAGAUGGGUCCCCCCACACACCCCAGGAGUUAAGGCUCCCCUGGGUUAGGGCCCAUAUCCACCAGAUCUUGAACACUGGCCCCAGGUCUAGGAACCUGGGCAUGAAGGAAGUGAGCAUUCCCACCCUCCAGGGGGCGCUGUAAAGCCCCUUCCCUUCUCUCCCACUGAGUGCAUCAUUGCCCUGUGCCAGACUUCUGUGCCUGGUCUAAGAGGGAUGCAGUGGAGUGUCUCCCCAAAAGGAAUGUAGCUGAGACACACAGAGAUAGUACAACAGGUGAGGCACUUGCCUUGCACACGCCUAACCCUCCAUCCCAUACAGUCCCAUAUGGUCCCCUGGGCACCACCAGGAGUGCAGAGUUGGGAGCAACCACUGAGCAUGCUGAUGCGGACCCAAAACAAAAGCAAACUAAAAAAGAUAUGCUUCGUUCUGUCUGAGGAUGUUCUUAGUGGAAGUGUGCCCUCCUCAUGGUGACCUCCCAUGGCCCUGCACCACCUCAUCAGGGAAGGAGUCUUUUGUGAGGUAAGUGAAAGGCGGAGCAAAUUGGGGAUGAUGCUGCCCUUGGAUUCUUGUAGCCUUGAGCACUUUGAACUUGAGCUCCCGAGAUCUGGGAUGCUGAGAAUGAAUCUGCUGAAAAAAACAGGUAUGAGGGUU